AGCUUUUAUUUCUGCUGAGGUUAUUUGUUUGUUUUUCAGAUGAGACCCUUUUUGCUCUUCCUGCUACAUCUGCGCCUCUGAUGCACUCCUCUGCAGAAAAAGUCCUGGACUUGCAGGAGCAGCCAGGUAGCACUAAGUCAUUUGAUCAAGAGGAUUUCACUACAGUCCCACUUGUCACUGCUGCUACUCUUCCUUCCCUCUCUUCUUUCUCAGCUGAUCCCUUUAAAGAGCACACAGCCUUUGAUGCACUCUCAGAUGGAUUACCUGCAAGAGGCGUUUUCAAAGAAAAUGCAAGUGAGAUUUAUAAAGAAACUACAGAAAAUGCAAGAAAUCCGUUUCUCCCAGAGAGAAACGAAAAAGACAUUCCAGAGGUGAAAUACUCGGAAAUGGAAUCCUCGUUUGCUAAAGCAGAAGCAGCCAUUUUAUCUCCAGCUAAGGAAGAAAUACAGCUAGAGGGCCCUAAAGAAUUACCUAAUGUAGAGAAAAUGCCUGCACAGCAAGUGGAUAUAUCUUCAGAAACUCCUAAAGAUUCGUUUGAGAAAAAUGAGGAAGAUACCCGUUACAGCAAAGAGCAACAUGGAGGUGGUGAUCAUGGUGAAAAAGGGACAUUGAAAGAAGACACUCUUAAAAGGGAAGAAUAUGUCGACUUCAAACCGUUUGAGCCGAUAUGGGAAGUAAAAGCUGCUGGUCGUGGACUUAGCAGCUUGAAAGAGGAUGUUGGAAGUAAGAUAGAUGGCAAAUUAGAAAGCGAUUUAGAUGAGGAAUAUGGUGUAGAUAAGAUGUCUGUACAGAAGGAUUAUGAAAAAGAGAGUGAAGGCAGCACUGAAGGUCAUUCUUUGCAGGCUUACAUCACUUGCAAUAAAUUUGAAUCCCCUGUAACUCCUGAUCGUAACAAAACUGAAUCUCUUUCUCCACUAGAGGAAGGCACUUCAGAAAAUAAAACUGAUGAUGAGAAAAAAAUUGCAGAAAUGAAAGCUCAGACCAGCACAGAACAAGGUGAUUUUAGCGCUCAAGCAGUUGGUAAGCAGGAAGGACAGGAAGCUGACUAUGCUAAAACAGAUAGUUUAUCAACAGUGCCAUCUGACACUGCAGCAAGUAUGCCUGAAGGUCUUACUCCUGAUCUAGUGCAAGAAGCGUAUGAAAGUGAACUGCAUGAUGCAGCAUGUACAAAACUUGCUUAUGAAACAAAGAUUGAUUUAGUUCAAACCUCUGAGUCAGUACAAGAGACUCUGAAACCUGUGACACAACUCUGUCCCUCAUUUGAAGGGUCUGAAGCUGCCCCAUCACCCAUAUUGCCUGAUAUUGUUAUGGAAGCCCCAUUAAGCGCUGGAACUGCCAGUGCAGAAGCAUCUGCUGUGCAGCUUGAAGCUUCCCCGUUAGAGACAUUUAUUCCUACUGCUAAUUAUGAGAAUGUAAACCUGGAGACCAAUAAACCUCCCUUAUACCAAGAGGCAGUGAAUGUACCAUUGACAAAGACACAAGAAGCUAAAGAGGAAGAAGUAACAUUUAAAAAAACUGGUGUUGAGAGUAGUGCUAGUCCUGAAGAUAUAGAGACUCCUUAUAUAUCUAUUGCAUGUGACUUAAUUAAAGAAACAAAGGUCUCCGGUGAAUCUGCUUCUCCGUCCUUUACGGAUUAUUCAAAGACACUGGUAACAGAACACGUUUCACAGGAUGUGCCUGAACACAAGGAAUUUGUUGACAAACUGUCUCCCCAGUUCGGAAAAUCUGACUUGUUUAGUAGCGAGGUGAUUCCUGACUUUCCUCAGAAAGAAAGUGAAAAUCCAUCUCCUGUCUUACAAAAUAAAUUGGCCGAGGAUAUUGGAACCGAUGAUGAGCAUGAGGAAGGAUUGAUGGAUUCGGUAGCUGCCACUGGCAAGCCUUAUCUUGAGUCUUUCCAACCCAAACUGGACUCUUCCAGAAUUACUACCGCUUUGCCAUCUGAGCCAAUGCCUACGAAAAUAGCUAAGGCAGAGAAGAUUCCUCUUCAAAUGGAAGAGCUGAAUACUGUGGCCUAUUCAUCUGAUUUAUCUGUUGCUAAGGAACUAAAAAUAGGAGAUGACAAAAGUCUCUCACCCAUGGGGUCUUCCCCAGUCCCAGUGACAGAAGACUUUGUGAUGUUAGCUGAUGCUAAAACUGUUCCUCAGUUUGUGGCAGAAACCCCUGACAGAGAAAUAAUGCACAAAGAGGACAGUGGAGUGAUCGGUAAUGUGAUUGAAGAUGAGAAAAGGCAGGUGUCUUGCCCAGAGCUACCUUGUGAUCUGUCUAUAAAGAAUGUAGAAGUAAAAUCUGAAGAAGAUACUGAUUUCUUGAAAAAGUCCUUGGAGGCUGUGGACAAAGUGCCUGAAGUAUCCAUGGUGCCCUUACUGGCCACAGAUGUCUCAUCUUUGCCUACUGAAAAAGAAACAGUCAGUGUAGUAAAACCAGAAGACUUUGUGAAGGAAGCUGAGAGAGAAGCUGCUCCUGUUAAGGAAAAAUCUACUGCUGUGUUUUCAGCAAAGCUGAGUAAAUCUUCAGUUGUUGACCUCCUUUACUGGCGAGACAUUAAGAAGACAGGAGUGGUGUUCGGUGCCAGCUUGUUCCUGCUGCUUUCAUUGACAGUGUUCAGCAUCGUGAGUGUGACAGCUUACAUUGCCUUGGCCCUGCUGUCUGUGACGAUCAGCUUUAGGAUAUACAAGGGAGUUAUCCAGGCAAUCCAAAAGUCCGAUGAAGGCCAUCCAUUUAGGGCUUACCUGGAAUCUGAUGUAGCUGUGUCUGAAGAGCUUAUUCAGAAAUACAGUAAUGUUGUGCUUGGUCACGUUAAUGGCACAGUCAAAGAGCUGAGACGCCUCUUCCUAGUCGAUGAUUUAGUUGAUUCUCUGAAGUUUGCAGUGUUGAUGUGGGUAUUCACUUAUGUUGGUGCCUUGUUUAACGGUCUGACAUUACUGAUACUGGCUUUGAUUUCGCUCUUCAGUGUUCCUGUUAUUUAUGAGAGACAUCAGGCCCAAAUUGAUCAUUAUUUGGGACUAGUGAACAAGAAUGUCAAAGAUGCGAUGGCUAAGAUUCAAGCAAAGAUCCCUGGGUUGAAGCGCAAAACUGAGUAAAAAGUCUCAAGCAACUUAUCGAUAGGAAGUUCAUCUUUUAAGGGGAAAAUACUCAUCUGGAUUUACAUGGGGAGGGUCAGGGAAUAGCAAAACCCUUGACAUUGCAGUGCAAUUUCACAGAUCUUUAUUUUUUAGCAACGCAGUGUUUGAGGAAAAAUAACUGUUUUGACUGCCAUGUGUUUCAUCAUCCUAAGUAUUGUAAGCUGCUAUGUAUGGAUUUAAAACUAAUCAUCUUUCUUUAUCCUGUGUGCAGCACUGGCUAAUACAAAAGAUUUGAAAAAGCUGUACAUUUUGCUUCAUCAGAGGUAGUCCCUGCUGCGUUCAAGAAGAGGUAGUGCAGGUGGAUUGGAGGGUAACACUUCCCAGUUUGUGCACUGUGUAUGGUCUGUGUAGAUUGAUGCAGAUUUUCUAAAAUGAGAUGUUUUAGAAGAAUAUACCAUUUUAGCAAGUUUUGAAAAAUCUUGCCUUUUUGGUAUGAGUAUAGCUGUAUUGUGAUUUUAUUGUUUUAUCAAUUGCCAAUAUAUAUAUGUGUUUCACAAAGCUUAGAUCUUUCAGCUGCUCCACAGUGCUUCAUACUUCAGAGAAUUGACUGAUUUCUGGACUAGCUCCAUAGCACACAAGCUUGAAAAAUUAAAAUGUCUUGUAAACACUAGCAUCUGUUUAAAAGAAACAAAAACGAAUGGAAAAAGGAACCUCCACGUACAUUUAAAAAAAAAGUAAUAAAUAAAUUACAGCACACACUUUGUUGCACAAGCAUAAAGUAGUUGAUUUUAAGUAAAUACUUCUACAGUCUCUCAAACUCUGAUAAUCUGUGGACCGAAUAUCUAAUGCUGCAAUUGUUGUUUGGAAACUUAAAACCUUGUUAUGCAAGAAAUUAUAAAUGCAAAUUUAUACACUUGCAGUUUAAGCUGUAUUGAACUAAGUCUGUGGAAUGCAUUGUGAAAUGUAAGAAAAAAAUUAAAAAAAAAAACAAACAAAAAACCCAAGUAUCAAUAAAGCUUAUAGACAUAAAAUAAUAUCGGUAUUUUGCUUUCUUGAGGCAAGUUUAAUAUAUUUGUGUUUAUUUUGUUCAAAUUCAUAAAGUGAUUAAAUAUCCAUUGUACCUGGUGGUGGAAAUAGUUUUUUUUUUCAGGUUUAUAGCAAUGUGGCUAGAUGGAUUUUUCAUGGUAUCUUCUCUUUUCAUAUGUGCAGUGUGAAGCGGUUUGUUCAGUUGUAGUUAUAUCUGAUGUCCUGAAUAGCUGUGUGUUGGCCGGUGAUGCCCAGUUAGGCCUGUAGUUCGGGUAGCACAGAUCCGUGCCUACAGCGAGGAGGCCUCCGCGCUGACUGCUGAGGCCUCCGGCGCUACCGCUGCUAGCUGUGCCGGCAGCUCAGCGGCCAGAGGCGACUGUGCAACUCCAGUUUCGUGUUGUGAGUCGGUUAUUGAAAACUGUGAAAGAUGAAAUUUGAGGUUGUUUAUGCUAAAAGAAGUAAUGAUCCUUGGUUUCUUUUAUUUUGGAGACCACAAUGUAUACCAUGCUCUAGUUUGAGGGUAAUUAUGAAGCAAUUCCAAUAACUUUUCAGAUAAACUUGAGUCUGAUGAUUUAAAGAGAACUGGACAAUGAAAACUUAUAUUCAAAUUUAUUUGAGACCACAGAUUUUUAAUUAAUAGUAUCUUGACCAUUUAAAAAUAAAUUCAUGCAUUAAUACUUUAAUUUACAGUAUAAUACAUCAUCACUUCUGAUAAUUUUAUACAUAAAACCAAACCAUAUAAACAUACAAAUUGUUUUAAGUGUUUUCCUGACAGACACUAUUGCUGUUAGAUAUUUUUCACAUCACCAUUUAUUAAUUCAUUCUGCUGCACAACUGGUUUUAUUCAGGAUACAAUCAAUGUGAAAGGCAAACAUUACAACAUAGGCAAAAAAGGUGUUCACUAACAUCACCACCUAACAUGAUUACAUAGUAUGAUCAAGGUUUCCUUUUUAAAAAAAAAAAA